CCCCGCUGCCCCCGCUGCGCCGGGCAGGGCGCGCCCGCGGAGCGCACGGAGGGACCCGGAGCGCUGCCCAGGUAGGGGACGGGACGGGCACCGGCACGGCGGGCACCCCGGGGGCGCGGGGCUGCGGGGCCACCCCUGGCUGACAGCGACCCUUCAGAGCAGAGUCCGCACGCUUUGCCCAGUCAGAGGCUGAAGUCAGCAGUGUGCCCGGCACACAGCGAUUUCCCCACCGCAGAGGAUGUGGGGAUGCCCGUGAGCGGGACUUAGAGUGGAACUGCCCUGUGCUGAAUACGGAGUGAGACCGGGCAGCUCAUGGCACAGCCCAUGUCCAGCCCUUCCGCCGUUUCUACGAUGCUGCCCAGGAAGGCAGAGAAGAGGAUGGCGUCGUCUGUCUUCAUCACCCUGGCAUCCCCACGGAGGGAGGCGGCCCCCAGGGAGCAGCCCCACACAGGGGUAUCACUGCCUGCCCCUGAGGGCACCCGUCGCCCCCCGCUGACCCCAGCACUGCCCAAUGGAGGAUCCUGCCCUCGCUCCCCAGCUCUGCCUUCAUCCCCACCAGCUCUCAUCCUCUCCGAAGCGCCCCAGCCCAUCUCCGUGGAGGCACUGGCUCCAGCUCUGCAGCAGCUGGACCUCACGGCACCCACCACAGUGCAGGCUCCUUUUGCCUUCCCUGCUGAACUGAGGCCUCCCCAGUUUUGCCAGGGGCAAGCAGACAAGCCGCAAUGGCAGGACACAAAUGGGCACAUGGAGAGGGACAGCUCCCAUGACAUCUGCGCCUUCUGCCACAAAGCCGUGGGCCCACGGGAGCCGACGGUGGAGGCGAUGCGGAAGCAGUACCACGCUGACUGCUUCACCUGCCGCACCUGCCAGCGACGCCUGGCCGGACAGCGCUACUACCAGAGGGAUGGCCGCCCCAUCUGCGAUACCUGCUACCAGGCCACGCUGGAGAAGUGUGCUGAGUGCCAGGGGCUGAUCACUGAGCGCAUCGUGCGUGCCCUGGGCAAAGGCUUCCACCCCAGCUGCUUCGCCUGCGCUGCCUGCGGCCGGGCCAUCGGUGCUGAGAGCUUUGCAGUGGAUGAGCAGGGCAAGGUGUAUUGCGUGGCCGACUUCUACAGGUGGGGCAGUACCCAGCGGGGGGGUCCGGCUGAUCCCUGUCGCCCCAUGGUCUCACGUCACACCCAUCUUAUCCCACCAAGGAAAUUCGCCCCAGUGUGCGGUGCCUGCAAGCGCCCCAUCAUCCCUGAUGAGGACACCUACAAGAUUGAGUGCCUGGGACGUAGCUUCCAUGAGAGCUGCUACCGCUGCGAGAGCUGCGGGACGCUGCUGUCGCCGGAGCCGACGGAGGAUGGGUGCUACCCACUGGGCCAGCAGCUGCUCUGCAAAGCCUGCCACAUCUGCCGGCGGAACGAGUCGUCCUGCUGAAGGACGGGCAGUGAUUUGGGGCUGUGCCAUAGGGAUGAACCCACCGAGAGCAGCAGGACCAGUGUGUCAUCACCAACCUGCACCAGGACACCACAGCUCGGCCUCUUCCAGCUGCUCAUCACAAGCAGCAAUAGCCCUGGGAGAGCAGCGGUGCUGGAUGAGCUGAGGGUUUGUUCACUUCUGUUUUGGUUUUUUGAUCCUGUUUUUGAGGCUGGUUUGAUUUCUUCGGUGUUUUUCUUUCUUUUCAAGCUUUCUGGGGGCUUUGUUCAAACCCUUCUCUCUGUGGUGAUGCAGAGAGCAGCACUGAUUUAGCUCCUUGUCAUUACAUAAAACCCCGAGCUAAAAAUGC